AUGUAUCCUCCGUCGACGAGUGUCAAUAUUGACCUCGAAGCGCUGUCAGGAAUCUGUGGAUCGAUAUCGAUAGCUUGCUGGGUGGUUGUUUUCUCGCCUCAAAUUAUUGAAAAUUUCCGACGCGGAUCAGCAGAAGGGCUAUCGAUAGUCUUCAUUGUGGUAUGGCUUCUCGGAGACAUCUUCAAUAUCAUUGGAUCUGUGUUACAGGGCGUACUGCCGACUAUGAUCAUUCUCGCAAUUUACUAUACACUUGCAGAUAUAGUUCUUCUAAUCCAGCUCUUCUACUACCGCGGAUUCACACUCAAAGACGAAGUCAAGCCGUCUAAGCCCAUCGAUACAGAGCAACAAGAUGGCGAGCGACGACCUCUUCUCUCCUCAACGUCUCCAAGACCCGAAGAGCGAUCUCGCGGCUCAUUCUCAGAAGACUUCCGAAAUCACGGCCAGCAUCUCUCCCCAGCUACCCCCUUCAUCAGUGACGCAGCAAAAGACCCACCCGCAAUCAGGUCCCAAAAACCAACUUCAACCCUCCAAGCAGUCUUCCUCAACACCGGUGCAAUCCUCCUAGUCUGCGCCGCCGGCAUUCUAGGCUGGUACAUCUCUGUCCGCCACAGCCACAACCACAGCGGCCACACCCACAAGCACAGGCACUACCACAAACACGACGCCGAACUCCCAUCCUCCGAACCUCUCGAGUUCGACACCCUAGGACAAGUCUUCGGCUACCUCUGCGCAGUCUUCUAUCUCGGUUCUCGCAUCCCACAACUCCUGCUAAACUACCGACGAAAAUCGACCGAGGGCGUCUCCCUGCUCUUCUUCCUGUUUGCGUGUAUCGGCAACUUGACGUACGACAUGUCGAUAUUCGCGUAUAAUCCCAGAAAUAGUUGUGAGUUUGGACCUAGGCAUUGUCAGACGGGUGAGGCGCGCGAGAUUUAUCUAAGGUAUAUUGCGGUGAAUGCGAGCUGGAUUGCUGGGAGUUUGGGGACGUUGGUACUUGAUGGGGCGAUUUUUGUGCAGUUUUUCUUGUAUAAGAAGGAUAACGACCAGGAGGAAGUGAACAAUGGACGGCCUUUUGUUGGGGCAGAGCAGGCAGUUUCUGACUAG